AGAGUUUGUGAUUUUGGAUUGACUAGCGUACCUGCUUGUUAUCUAUAUGCUUGGCUUUCUUACCUAAGCAUAACUUGUUUUCUUUUUCUUCCCCUUUCUAAAUUUAAAAAGCAUAACUGGCAGGUGACCUACAAGGGGAGGCUCCAGUUAUGCUGACAACAAAAAAAAAAGACUGCAACCAGCUAACAGUUUCAGCUGCCUUGUUGAUGAUUGUGGUGAUCGGGCAGGUGACCUACAAGGUCGAAUUUGGACAGAUCUACUUGAGCAAGCCGAUGAUGACCGAAUCUGAUGGAGAAACUGCGACCCUCUUUCCUAAGGAGUCCAGACUGAGGAAUCUGACGUAUGCGGCCCCAUUGUACGUCGAUGUCUCGAAAACGAUCACGCAGAAGGUCCCUGAUGGAGAAGAAGAAAUAGAGAGCGAUGUUCAGCACAAAGUCUUCAUAGGGAAGGUUCCCAUCAUGCUUCGAUCAGCCUAUUGCAGUUUGUACGAGCAGACGGACAAGGAGCUCACUCAGCUGGGAGAGUGCCCCUACGAUCAGGGUGGCUACUUCGUUAUCAAUGGGAGUGAAAAGGUGCUGAUCGCGCAGGAAAAAAUGAGCAGCAAUCACGUGUACGUCUUUCAAAAGCGGCAGCCGAACAAGUACACAUUUGUGGCAGAAGUGCGAUCCAUGGCAGAGAACCAAAACCGGCCAGGAAGCUCGAUGUUUGUCCGCAUGUUGGGAAGAUCUCCAGCAAGGGAGGGACCAUCAGGACCAACGAUCAAAGUCACAGUUCCGUACAUUCGGCAGGAGGUCCCCAUCAUCGUCGUGUUUCGUGCUCUUGGGUUUGUUGCAGACAAAGACAUUCUGGAACACAUCUGCUAUGACUUCAAUGACACGGCAAUGAUGGAAUUGCUCCGGCCAUCGUUAGAGGAUGCAUUUGUUAUCCAAAACCAGCAGGUUGCUCUUGAUUUCAUCGGGAAGCGUGGUUCUACAGUUGGUGUGACAAAAGAAAAGCGUAUCAAGUAUGCGAGGGAGAUUCUGCAGAAGGAGACUCUUCCGCACGUCGGUGUCGGCGAGUUUUGUGAGACCAAGAAAGCUUAUUACUUUGGGUACAUCAUUCACCGUCUACUCCAGUGCGCACUUGGCCGGCGAAAUGAAGAUGAUCGUGAUCACUAUGGCAACAAGCGGCUUGAUUUAGCAGGUCCCUUGCUCGGUGGACUUUUCCGUCAGUUGUUUCGGAAGUUGACGAAGGAUGUGAGAAUGUACUUGCAGAAGGUGCUGAACAGACUUACCUUCGCCUCCACUCUCUCCCAUUUGCGAAGGCUGAACUCGCCCAUUGGAAGAGAAGGUAAGCUGGCGAAGCCUCGACAGCUUCACAAUUCUCACUGGGGGAUGAUAUGCCCAGCAGAAACUCCUGAAGGACAGGCAUGUGGAUUGGUGAAGAACUUGGCGUUGAUGGCGUGCAUCUCCGUUGGCUCAGCAGCAGCUCCCAUUUUGGAAUUUUUGGAGGAGUGGACAACGGAGAAUCUGGAGGAAAUAUCCCCGGCUGUCAUUCCAAAUGCAACGAAAAUUUUUGUCAAUGGGUGCUGGGUUGGCAUUCACAGAGACCCGGAGCUGCUGGUCCGGACUCUGCGGCAGCUUCGCAGACAGGUUGACGUGCCGACAGAGGUUGGUGUGGUGAGAGACAUUUUGCUCAAGGAGUUGCGACUGUAUACUGAUUACGGCAGAUGCAGUCGUCCACUUUUUAUAGUCGACAAGCAGCAGUUGCUCAUUAAGAAGACCCACGUUCGUGCUCUGCAGCAGAGGGAAAUGACAGAUUUUGGUUGGAACGAGCUUGUUUCGAAGGGGUUCAUCGAGUAUGUCGACACUGAGGAAGAGGAGACCACCAUGAUUUCCAUGACAAUUGCGGAUGUGGUGAAUGCAAGGAAGAACCCUCAGCAGGCGUACUCCGUCUACACGCAUUGUGAAAUUCAUCCCUCUCUUAUCCUUGGAAUCUGUGGAUCCAUCAUACCCUUCCCAGAUCACAACCAGUCGCCCCGUAACACUUACCAAUCUGCUAUGGGAAAGCAAGCUAUGGGCAUUUAUGUCACAAAUUAUCAGUUACGCAUGGACACUCUUGCAUAUGUUCUUUAUUAUCCACAGAAGCCACUCGUCACCACCCGAGCCAUGGAGCAUUUACACUUUCGACAGCUGCCUGCUGGACAGAAUGCGGUUGUGGCUAUUUCAUGCUAUUCUGGCUACAAUCAAGAAGACUCAGUUAUUAUGAAUCAGUCAUCGAUUGAUCGAGGCUUUUUUCGUUCUAUCUUCUUCCGAUCAUACAGAGAUGAAGAGAAAAAGCAAGGAACCCUAGUGAAGGAGGAGUUUGAGAGACCAAAUCGGGAGACAACAUCGGGAAUGAGGCAUGGGUCAUAUGAUAAGCUUGAUGACGACGGACUGGCGCAGCCGGGGUCACGCGUUUCAGGAGAAGAUGUUAUUAUUGGAAAGACUGCGCCUCUUCCAGAUGAUCCAAAUGGAAAUGCCAUGCGAUUCACAAAAAAAGACAACAGUACCUCUCUCCGACACAGCGAGAGCGGGAUGGUUGAUCAGGUUUUGUUGACGACAAACGACCAAGGCUUGAGGUUUGUGAAGAUACGAGUGCGGUCGAUCCGUAUCCCACAGAUCGGAGAUAAGUUCAGUUCUCGACACGGUCAGAAGGGGACUGUGGGAAUGACGUACACGCAAGAAGACAUGCCGUGGACUUGCGAAGGCAUCACCCCGGACAUUAUCGUGAACCCUCAUGCUAUUCCUAGUCGGAUGACCAUCGGCCAGCUGAUUGAGUGCAUCAUGGGCAAAGUUGCGGCGCACAUGGGGAAAGAGGGAGACGCAACACCAUUCACAGAUGUCACGGUCGACAACAUCAGCAAGGCCUUGCACAAGUGUCAGUACCAAAUGCGUGGGUUUGAAGUUAUGUACAAUGGUCACACAGGGCGGCGGUUAUUUGCUCAUAUUUUCUUGGGCCCGACGUACUACCAGCGACUGAAGCAUAUGGUGGACGACAAGAUCCAUUCUCGAGGUCGUGGCCCCGUGCAGAUUCUGACGAGACAACCUGCAGAAGGAAGGUCAAGAGACGGAGGUCUGCGUUUCGGAGAGAUGGAGAGAGAUUGUAUGAUUGCGCAUGGUGCUGCACAUUUCUUGAAAGAGAGACUGUUCGACCAGAGUGACGCUUACCGAGUCCAUGUAUGUGAACUCUGCGGGCUUCUCGCCAUUUCCAAUCUGAAGAAGAACACGUUUGAGUGCCGAGGAUGCAAGAACAAGACAGAGAUUGUGCAGGUGCACAUGCCGUACGCCUGCAAGUUGCUGUUCCAGGAGCUGAUGUCUAUGGCGAUCGCUCCUCGCAUGCUGGUGAGGGACGAAAAGGGCAAGAAAUGAGAUCGCAGAUUCGCAGUCUUCGACGUGUCUGCCCAAAUUUGUAAAUUUGUAUCAAAUCGUUUGCUCUGGGAGGGCAUUUCUCUGCGAAGAAGACUGUUGAGCCAGAGGCCAUCUGCGUCUGGAUGCGCCAGAAGUGAGGAGAGGGGACACAGGGGACGUUAUUUCUGCAGAACGUUAUCUCCACGGCGAGUUUUUUUAGUUGGGUAAUCUUACACACAUCUAGGUGCGAUGAAGAAGAGAGGAGAAAGGGGAGCGAGAGAGGAGAGCGGUGAAGGUAUCGCUACAGGAACAGGACCUUCGAUUGCCGCAUUAGCACGUUGGUGGUAUGUAUGUAUAUCUGCCUUGAGCUUGGAAAUCCCCAGGUAGCGUGCAGAGGAUGAGGCGCAGGAGAUCUGUGCGAAGGAAGAAUUGGAGGGGGUUGUUGUUUUUCUUUUUCCCUUUUUUUUUUAAUCUUUAAUUGGGUUAAAUUGCUCGAUUGCCGCUUCGGUGGCAUCUAUUUCUCCCUUCAGUAUGAAAGGUAAGAGUGUAGAGUGUGGAGGAUGAAGCGUCGAGGAUCUGCGGAGCUGUAGAAUGGAUUGUGUUUUUAUUACUUUUUGACUUUUUCUGCUCGGUCGGUUAGUUUUGUCUCCACUUCAAUUUGAGUUAAAUUUGGACUUCAGUCCAAUUUUGGAUGUUUCUUGUCUUCGCGGCAAGGAGAAA